AUGCUGCAAUGUAGCAGCUACUCAGUUGCUGUAGUACUAGGAUUCACCGAGGAAGUAGCAGUUCCGGCAGAAGUGCUCGGGUUCAUUGAAGAUGCUGCAAUUGUUGCGGUAGUACCCAUCGCCAUUGAAGAUGUAGCAGCUACUGUAGUGCUCGGAACCACUGAUGAAGUCGCCAUAGUACUUCCAGUGCUUGGCGCCAUUGACGACGUUGCAGCAGUUGCUGUAGUACUAGGAUUCAUCGAGGAAGUAGCAGUUCCGGCAGAAGUGCUCGGGUUCAUUGAAGAUGCUGCAGUUGUUGCGGUAGUACCCAUCGCCAUUGAAGAUGUAGCAGCUACUGUAGUGCUCGGAACCACUGAUGAAGUCGCCAUAGUACUUGCAGUGCUUGGCGCCAUUGACGACGUUGCAGUUGUUGCAGUAGUACUAGGAUUCAUCGAGGAAGUAGCAGUUCCUGCAGAAGUGCUCGGGUUCAUUGAAGAUGCUGCAGUUGUUGCAGUAGUACCCACCGUCAUUGAAGAUGUAGCAGCUACUGUAGUGCUCGGAACCACUGAUGAAGUUGCCGCCGUUCCUACAGUGCUGGGUGCAAUUGAGGACGUUGCAGUUGUUGCAGUAGUACUAGGAUUCGUCGAGGAAGUAGCAGUUCCUGCAGAAGUGCUCGGGUUCAUUGAAGAUGCUGCAGUUGUUGCGGUAGUACCCAUUGUCAUUGAAGAUGUAGCAGCUGCUGUAGUGCUCGGAACCACUGAUGAAGUCGCCGUAGUACUUGCAGUGCUAGGCGCCAUUGACGACAUUGCUGUAGUACUAGGAUUCAUCGAGGAAGUAGCAGUUCCUGCAGAAGUGCUCGGGUUCAUUGAAGAUGUUGCAGUUGUUGCGGUAGUACCCACCGUCAUUGAAGAUGUAGCAGCUGCUGUAGUGCUCGGAACCACUGAUGAAGUCGCCGCCGUACCUACAGUGCUGGGUGCCAUUGAGGACGUUGCAGUUGUUGCUGUAGUACUAGGAUUCAUCGAGGAAGUAGCAGUUCCUGCAGAAGUGCUCGGGUUCAUUGAAGAUGCUGCAGUUGUUGCGGUAGUACCCAUCGCCAUUGAAGAUGUAGCAGCUACUGUAGUGCUCGGAACCACUGAUGAAGUCGCCAUAGUACUUCCAGUGCUUGGCGCCAUUGACGACGUUGCAGCAGUUGCUGUAGUACUAGGAUUCACCGAGGAAGUAGCAGUUCCGGCAGAAGUGCUCGGGUUCAUUGAAGAUGCUGCAGUUGUUGCGGUAGUACCCAUCGCCAUUGAAGAUGUAGCAGCUACUGUAGUGCUCGGAACCACUGAUGAAGUCGCCAUAGUACUUGCAGUGCUUGGCGCCAUUGACGACGUUGCAGCAGUUGCUGUAGUACUAGGAUUCAUCGAGGAAGUAGCAGUUCCGGCAGAAGUGCUCGGGUUCAUUGAAGAUGCUGCAGUUGUUGCGGUAGUACCCAUCGCCAUUGAAGAUGUAGCAGCUACUGUAGUGCUCGGAACCACUGAUGAAGUCGCCGCCGUACCUACAGUGCUGGGUGCCAUUGAGGACGUUGCAGUUGUUGCUGUAGUACUAGGAUUCAUCGAGGAAGUAGCAGUUCCGGCAGAAGUGCUCGGGUUCAUUGAAGAUGCUGCAGUUGUUGCGGUAGUACCCAUCGCCAUUGAAGAUGUAGCAGCUACUGUAGUGCUCGGAACCACUGAUGAAGUCGCCAUAGUACUUCCAGUGCUUGGCGCCAUUGACGACGUUGCAGCAGUUGCUGUAGUACUAGGAUUCAUCGAGGAAGUAGCAGUUCCGGCAGAAGUGCUCGGGUUCAUUGAAGAUGCUGCAGUUGUUGCGGUUGUACCCACCGUCAUUGAGGAUGUAGCAGCUACUGUAGUGCUUGGAACCACUGAUGAAGUCGCCGUAGUACUUGCAGUGCUUUGCGCCAUUGACGACGUUGCAGCAGUUGCUGUAGUACUAGGAUUCAUCGAGGAAGUAGCAGUUCCUGCAGAAGUGCUCGGGUUCAUUGAAGAUGCUGCAGUUGUUGCGGUAGUACCCACCAUCAUUGAAGAUGUAGGAGCUACUGUAGUGCUCGGAACCACUGAUGAAGUCACUGCCGUCCCUACAGUGCUGGGUGCCAUUGACGAAGUUGCAGCAGUUGCUGUAGUACUAGGAUUCAUCGAGGAAGUAGCAGUUCCGGCAGAAGUGCUCGGGUUCAUUGAAGAUGUUGCAGUUGUUGCGGUAGUACCCACCGUCAUUGAAGAUGUAGCAGCUGCUGUAGUGCUCGGAACCACUGAUGAAGUCGCCGCCGUACCUACAGUGCUGGGUGCCAUUGAGGACGUUGCAGUUGUUGCUGUAGUACUAGGAUUCAUCGAGGAAGUAGCAGUUCCGGCAGAAGUGCUCGGGUUCAUUGAAGAUGCUGCAGUUGUUGCGGUAGUACCCAUCGCCAUUGAAGAUGUAGCAGCUACUGUAGUGCUCGGAACCACUGAUGAAGUCGCCAUAGUACUUCCAGUGCUUGGCGCCAUUGACGACGUUGCAGCAGUUGCUGUAGUACUAGGAUUCAUCGAGGAAGUAGCAGUUCCGGCAGAAGUGCUCGGGUUCAUUGAAGAUGCUGCAGUUGUUGCGGUUGUACCCACCGUCAUUGAGGAUGUAGCAGCUAUUGUAGUGCUUGGAACCACUGAUGAAGUCGCCGUAGUACUUGCAGUGCUUUGCGCCAUUGACGACGUUGCAGCAGUUGCUGUAGUACUAGGAUUCAUCGAGGAAGUAGCAGUUCCUGCAGAAAUGCUCGGGUUCAUUGAAGAUGCUGCACUUGUUGCGGUAGUACCCGUUGUAAUUGAAGAUAUAGAACCUACUGUAGUGCUCGGAACCACUGAUGAAGACGCGGCCGUACCUACAGUGCUGGGUGCCAUUGACGACGUUGCAGCAGUUCCUAUAGUACUAGGAUUCAUCGAGGAAGUAGCAGGUCCUGGAGAAGUGCUUGGGUUCAUCGAAGAUGCUGCAGUUGUACCCACCGUCAUUGAGGAUGUAGCAGCUACUGUAGUGCUCGGAACCACUGAUGAAGUCGCCGCCGUACCUACAGUGCUAGAUGCUGCAGUUGUUGCGGUAGUACCCACCAUCAUUGAAGAUGUAGGAGCUACUGUAGUGCUCGGAACCACUGAUGAAGUCACUGCCGUCCCUACAGUGCUGGGUGCCAUUGACGAAGUUGCAGCAGUUGCUGUAGUACUAGGAUUCAUCGAGGAAGUAGCAGUUCCUGCAGAAGUGCUCGGGUUCAUUGAAGAUGCUGCAGUUGUUGCGGUAGUACCCACCGUCAUUGAAGAUGUAGCAGCUGCUGUAGUGCUCGGAACCACUGAUGAAGUCGCCGCCGUACCUACAGUGCUGGGUGCCAUUGAGGACGUUGCAGUUGUUGCUGUAGUACUAGGAUUCAUCGAGGAAGUAGCAGUUCCGGCAGAAGUGCUCGGGUUCAUUGAAGAUGCUGCAGUUGUUGCGGUAGUACCCAUCGCCAUUGAAAAUGUAGCAGCUACUGUAGUGCUCGGAACCACUGAUGAAGUCGCCAUAGUACUUCCAGUGCUUGGCGCCAUUGACGACGUUGCAGCAGUUGCUGUAGUACUAGGAUUCAUCGAGGAAGUAGCAGUUCCGGCAGAAGUGCUCGGGUUCAUUGAAGAUGCUGCAGUUGUUGCGGUAGUACCCAUCGCCAUUGAAGAUGUAGCAGCUACUGUAGUGCUCGGAACCACUGAUGAAGACGCGGCCGUACCUACAGUGCUGGGCGCCAUUGAGGACGUUGCAGUUGUUGCAGUAGUACUAGGAUUCAUCGAGUUAGUAGCAGUUUCUGCAGAAGUGCUCGGGUUCAUUGAAGAUGCUGCAGUUGUUGCGGUAGUACCCACCAUCAUUGAAGAUGUAGGAGCUACUGUAGUGCUCGGAACCACUGAUGAAGUCGCCGCCGUACCUACAGUGCUGGGUGCCAUUGAGGACGUUGCAGUUGUUGCAGUAGUACUAGGAUUCAUCGAGGAAGUAGCAGUUCCGGCAGAAGUGCUCGGGUUCAUUGAAGAUGCUGCAGUUGUUGCGGUAGUACCCACCGUCAUUGAAGAUGUAGCAGCUGCUGUAGUGCUCGGAACCACUGAUGAAGUCGCCGCCGUACCUACAGUGCUGGUGCCAUUGAGGACGUUGCAGUUGUUGCUGUAG